AUGUCUGAGGAUCCAUACAUGAAGGAGGGCCGUCCCUCAUCGUCGCGCGCCGCGAAAAUUGCUAAAACGAAGGCUGGUGCACCUGGUGGAGAAAGAGGGCGCUCCAGAGGGCGUAAUUAUGCGCCACCGAAGGAAGCGUCGAAAAUUAAAGGUGAACUGGAGGUGAAGACCAUCAAAACUGCUGUUAAAAUGCGAAUAGGAUCGCCAACUUCACUGCCUUGUGUAAGAAGCAAGUUCCUGAAAUUGCUUCCAGUCUGGGUCUAUUUCAUCAUGUCCCACCUGCAGCAGUCGUCCUGCAGCAACGGCCGCUCAAAUAGUGUCCAAAAGAUCAUAGAGUCCUUUGCACCUGUGAAGAAAACCACCCAGCUACGCACCUCCUCCAAUAGCUCUUCCUCGUCAAACGGAUCCGGUCAGAAUAGUUUCAUGAGCCGAAGCACGCAGGAGGAUGGCGGCCCUCCAGGAACCUCGCCCGGGGCAAGGAUGGUCGGAGACCGGCCUACCCGAGCUCCGCGGCGGGCCCUGGAGCGCACCCGAGACGAGGACUCCGCAUCAGAACCCGCGGUGAGCUCCGACAGCGACGUAGAGGUGGUCGGCGAUCACGUCGGCGAGGAGAGAGAGUUGCGACUCCGGAAGGCGGCCGCGGGCGGUCGGAUACCGCGCGGGACGACGGACGUCGGUGGAGCAGAACUCCCGAGGAGCCACUCGGAGGAUGUCUGUCGGGCCACCGAGGAGACUCGGAAACGGUUCCGGGACCGGGAGCCGUCGGACGAGGAGCAGCAGCGAGGCGGAGGAAGAGGAGCGACGGCUGUGGGAGGCACCGGUGGAGGACUCGUGGGAAGUGCCACCCACUCCCCGCUACGAGGGGGAGUGGCUCACAGACGACGCUCGAGACGGCGACGGAGGGGCACCGUUGGCCACGCCGCCGUGGAGGCCGGUCCGGCCACCCACGCCGCGAUACAUCGAGCCACAGCGACCGGAGGAGCACACGCCAAGCGAAGAGGCGACCGCGCAGCCGAUGCCACAACCACAGGAGGAGGAAGUCCACCAGGCACGGGCGGAGGAGCCGUCGGUGGUGCGGACGGAGGCGCCGGCCGCGCACGUGAGCCACAGCACACGGGCGUUCGUGGCCGAGGGCGUGCGGUGGCGGCAGCAGACGCUGGUAUGGACGUGGCCCGAGGGGCCCGCGACAGGACCGACGAAGGAGGAGCCCAGGAUAUGGGAGGAGGGGGUACCCAAGGUCAACCCUCGGGACCCCCGGACAAGAAGCCGACAGGAUGCGUGGGUCCCGCCGACACCAAGCACGGGCCCGCCAACACCGGCGACGACGGCAACGACGGGGGAGGCAGAGUCGCUGGAGAAGGGACCGUGGGUGUGGCCCGAGCCACCGGCCACCCAAAGACCUCCGUUGCAGCGGCAAGUUUCGACGCCCGGAUCGACGCGCCCGCGGCCGCAGUUCAUGCGGGAAGUGUCGGCCCCGGAAGAAGGCGGUUGGCACGAGGUUGUCAGGAGCGAGUGGCCGGAGAGGAUAGAGGAGGCACCCGCGAUCGCGACGGCACGGCGGAAGGGCGGCAGGCGUUGCGUCCUGGUCAACAACGGCGGAAGGAGGUAAGGAAACAAAAAAAAAAACACAAUGGUUUCCCAAGUAGCAAGAGAAGGCGGUACGGGGCCAAGAUUUUGAUUGGGGGUGGCUGGAAGAAGAACGGGGCAUGCAUGGGCCACUCCAGCAACAUGUAA